GUCACAUUAUAACUCCAGUCUUCGAGUUUCAUGAAAAUUUAUUUAAUAACGUUAUUGUUAAUUUCCUAAACCACAGAUGAGUGCUUGGGCUGAAACCGUUCAAGCAAUUGAUAUCAAAGAGAUCGAUAAACAAUUUGAAGAUAAUUUUGUGACAACAGAAGUAAAGGAAUUCAAGAAAUUAGAAGAUUCUGAUCAAUAUUUGAAAAGUUUAGAAUCAAAGUUGAAGAAAAUAAAAAAAGAUCCGUCAGUUUUGAAACAACUGAAAGAAAAGCGUGAAGAGUGUUUAAAUAACUUACUUAACAGUUCUUUGACCUCCAAAACAAAUCAAGAUUUUGAAUUAGAAGAAACUGUUCAGUCGAACGAAAUUAUUCGUCAUCUUGUUCCAGCACAAGCUCAAACUAUUGAUAUUAAAACAGGUACGAUGUCAAAUCCAAUUGACUUGAAGGGUAAAUUAGCGUAUUUACUGGUCACUGGAGCAAGCAAAGGUAUCGGAGCAACAAUGGCAAUUGAAACGUCGCGUCAUUUUAAGUCUGGCUCUGUUGUUGUUUUGUUAGCGAGAUCUCAAUCAGGUUUGGAAGCUACCAAGACAGCAAUUCUGGAAGCUAAUGCUUGUUUGAAGGUUGUCAUCAAAGCGAUCGACCUCACAAAACCAUCUACUGAAGAUCUGAAUCUCAUUAUUCAUAGUUCAUAUGAUAAAUCCGUUAAUUUCGACCUAACAAUGAUAAUCCAUAAUGUUGGAACGGUCGGAGAUAUUUCGAAAUGGUCGCAUGAAAUUGAAGAUUAUAACGUACUGGAAAACUACUAUUCAACAAAUAUUUUCUCUCCAAUUAUUUUGAAUAAUUUGUUUCUGAAAGUAAUUCCUGAAUCGAUGAAGAAAUUUAUUGUCAACAUCACAUCGAAAGCAGCCAAAUUUCCUUUUAAAAGCAUGGGAUUUUAUUGUCAAGGAAAAGCAGCGAGAGAAAUGUUUUUCAAUGUUUUGGCUGAAGAAAGAAGUGAUGUGCUGGUGUUGAAUUAUGCACCAGGUCCAGUUGAAACUGACAUGACAGUGGAUUUGCAAGCAAAUUCUGUUGCUACAGAAACUUCAAACAUGUUUGAGAAUCUUCGUAAGACAAAAACAAUUUUAACAACCGAACAAACAAUUAAACGUUUCCUGGAAAUCGAAAUGCGAUCAAACUUUCACGAAACUUUCAUUUUCCUCACAAAGCUGAUGUGGAAGAAUCGAAUAAUUCUUCCCGCUAUGAUUUCUGUUGCAUUUCUUGUUUGCAAUUUUCGUUGGGAAAUUGAAAUUUCAAUUCAGACUGAACGAAUUCAAAUGCCAAACAAUGAUGACAAUGACAGUGACGAUGGAUCAAUCGGCUACACUUCCAAUGAUGAGUUUGAAGUAGCGUCAAGUGGUGAUGAUGAUUUUGAAGUAACAUCAAGUGGUGAUGAUUAGUCUGAUGAUACGACGAUCAGCUAGAAAACUGAUUAAAGUUCCCACAAACGUUUAUUGUGAUCUCAAAGAAAUUUUUUUAAAAUGUUUUUUGUUAUUUUUUUGUCGAUUUAAAAAUAAAUAAAAAAUUGUCUUUUUUUGCAAAG